CUACCGCCUUGACGCCACGAAGGACUUUCGCGCUGUCCUAUACCCAGAACUCAUAAAAAGGAGUAUCUGUUGAUACUACACCGCCGCAACAAUGGGUGGCUCAAUCUCUAAGAUGAUGAACAAGAUCUUCGGAUCAAAGGAAAUGCGCCUGCUCAUGUUGGGACUCGACGCUGCUGGCAAGACGACCAUCCUCUACAAGCUUAAGCUCGACACCGAUGUGACCACCAUCCCGACCGUCGGAUUCAACGUCGAGACCGUCACCUACAAGAACACCAAGUUCAACGUCUGGGAUGUCGGUGGACAGGACAAGAUUCGACCUCUCUGGCGCCACUAUUUCUCCGGCACCCAGGGCCUCAUCUUCGUGAUUGACAGCAACGAUCGCGACCGAAUUGAGGAGGCGCGAAAUGAGUUGGCUCGUAUCAUUCAGGAUCGUGAAAUGAAGGAUGCUUUGUUGCUUGUGUUCGCCAACAAGCAGGAUAUCGCAGGAGCGAUGAGACCCCAAGAAGUCUCCGAUGCGCUGGACCUCUCACGGAUAGCUAAGGACCACACCUGGAAGGUCGAACCCAGCUGUGCCACCACUGGUGAGGGUAUCUUCGAGGGUCUCUCCUGGUUGAGCAGCAACGUCAAGAUUCCCGCCAAGUGAGCAUCGACGCCAUGACCACUGACUCAUUCCCGAACCGACUGCUGCUCCUACCUUGCGCCUUAACUCCCCUUUCAAGGAAGCGACUGCUCUGAGACUACCGUCAUGAGCGUCUCAUUCAACUGGCGCUCCGUCGGCGUAGCAAAGCGGUCGCCACGAGCGCGUGCCAGCCGGCGUCUCAUCACGCCCCACCAACCACUUCAGUAUCAGGAUACCCCUCUGCAAUUUUCUUCUUCUGCGUCGACUUGACGAUCGCCUGGCGCGAUUCUGAUGGUCACUUUUGGCCCGACUACCCCUCUACUAAUAAUCUGCACCAUGUUU